AUGGCUACAUGUGAUAAUGAUAAAAAGAUGAUAACGACCGUGAUUGAUCUUACUACAAAUGAAGAAAGUGAUGAUGAGGUAUUCCAUGAUGGUGAAUGGUAUGCCACGCACUUUAACAUUCUUACUGAUGAAGAUGAUGAAGAUCGAGAAGAUAUUCUAGAAGAAUACAAUCAAGAUUUUGAUUUUGAUACUAAAAAUACAAUUUUCAAUGAAGAGACCUUGCUAUUGGAUGAGACAAUCUUUCUAAAAACGAAUAUGGAUCAUGAGACUGAAAUCAAUAACGAACAAGUUCUUUCACAAAAAUUAAGUCAAAUAUCGAUAAAUAAUGCACAGCGAUCGUGGGAUGAUGAUGAUGAUGAUGAUGAAGAAAAACAAGAAAAGCAUUUGAUAUCAGAUUAUGAUGAAAGAUUAAAUGAUUUGUUUGAUAAAAUCAUGAUGGAACAACUAAGCAAAAUUACAACAACACUUUCGAUAGAUAAUUUACGAGAAUUAGCUAUAUUGAAAUAUCACAUAGCAAAAAUAGAUCUUCAGAAGAAACUCUGGAACAUCUAUUUGAAAUCAGGUACUGGUCAAUGGGAAACUUCGGAAAGUAUGAAGACGAAUGUCGAUAGAUGCAUAUGGCCUAUUCCAAUCCAAAACAUGAUCAUAUCCCGAUUGAAUAAGUCGGAUACAUCCGAAAGUAAUGAUGAGCAAUUUCAUGGUAAAAAGAUUGUUAUUGAACAUUUACAAGUAUUAAAUGACAAAUUGGUACACAAGCAUACAGUCUACAAUGAAAAGAAACAAGAAUCCAUUGGUCUUACAGAUGAAUUAGAAAAAUCUGUUGAAAAAUUUGUUAAACAAUAUAGUUUAGUAUCAUAUGAAAUGAAAUUAAACUAUGAAAUGAAAAUAUUAGCCUAUGAUUAUGAUGAUCAACUACUUGAACGUACUUAUUUACAAUUGAAUCCUACCAAAUAUCAAAUCAAAGUGGCACAACGUCUGUUUGAUUUAAGAUAUAUCUAUGUACUGGCGAAACAGGAUUUAAUUGAAUUAAAACAACACAUAUGUUAUCAGCAACCAACACAACUGAUUCAUGCAAAAGCAUUAUCUUCAGUAUCAAACUCGAAUGGGGAUUUAAUACAAGAUGCCAAUAUUUUUCAACAAGAACUUAAUCGAGAAGAAAAAGAAUUGCAAGUAAAAAUGACUGAUCUCAUGAGUGAAUCGAUCGCUGAAGCAGAAAAGAAAAUCGUGAACGAUCGAAAUUUAUAUAAUGAAGAAGUUCUUCGCAUUGCCAACACGGAAAACAAUACCAAUGAAAAUUUUCCAGAAUUAUUAAUGAAUAUUAUCGUCCGACGUAUUCAGUUGAUAAACAAAAAACUUGAGUACAUUUCCAAAUUUAGACUCAAUUAUUUUUUACGACAUCAAUUUGAUGAUAUAGAAGAUGUAUUAGCGUUACCAAGUGUACGUUUUUCACCAUCAUUGAUUAUUGAUACUCCAUUACAUUUAUUUACUGUAGAACAAAUUAAAUUACUCAAUCGUGGACCUACUUAUGUUCCACCUUGUCAAAUGUAUAUAUCCUCAUUAGAUAUGACACCAAAUCUUUACGUUGAAAAAACUUACCAUGUAUUACAACAUCAUUUAAAUAUUCUUUAUAAUAAAUACAAUGUAAACAUGGUUCAACGUAGUUUUAUUAGUAAAAAAAUUCAAGAAGCAUAUAAAAAUGCUUUUUCUAUUACAUUACCAAUAUCUCUUCAACAACGUGCUUGUCAUGAAAAACAAUUGAUACAAUCCAUUCAAGAUCAUUUGAAAGAAAACAAUCUUAUUCUACAACGAAUAGCUGAUCAAUGCAAUGUUUUCUAUCUCGGUUAUAGACCUGAUUUUGAAGAGAAAGCCAAUGAAUAUAUGAAGAAAACAGAUCGAUUUGAACUUUGUGAAAUUAUCGAUGAUAAUAAUCUUCAGGCAACACGUACCUAUUUAACAAACAAGAUUAAAUCCUUGAAUGCUGAUUUUCAAGAUACCCUUCAUGGAGAAAAAUUCAAAGAUAUGUUAGACAAAAUCUAUAUUAAUAUAGAUAAAGUUGAACUAUCUUAUUUGUAUUUUCAACCCGAUGUUUCGGAAAACUAUGAUCUAUCGGUACAACCAGUUGUGAUCGCACAAUAUACUGAAACAACUCGAUUAGCUCAUUUCUUAGAUCAACUACUACGACCGGUUGUUCAACGUGAACUCGAAUUGAUAACAUUCAAAAAUGGAGCUGAUUUUUUUCGAAAAUUUAAUAAUUAUAUAGAAGUAGAUGAAAAGAAGAAUCGUCUUCGUCCAACAACAAAUUUUAUUGUUGUCACUAUUUCAAAUUUUUAUCAUAUGGCAGAUCAUGAUACAUUUCUUCAAACACUUCAAGAUUUCUUAACAGAUCCUUGUCACUUAUUAACCAUACAAAAUGUUCCCAUUGGUAAAAUUUAUCGUUUAAGUUCACUAUUUCUACAUCAUAAUCGAUUUUAUUAUGAUCAUAAGAUCUAUCGAUUUACUAAAGGUGCACCAAUGAAUUAUCCACUGACGAGAACAUUAGCUUAUAUAUAUAUAUUACAUUGGUUAAAAUCAUUAUUCCGACAUCCUUUCUUAGAACAAGAAUUUGUUGGCAGAUAUGAAAAUCAAUUAUUUUUUACAUGGAAUAAAGCUAAUAGUGAAUUUGUACAUAUGAUUAAAGCAAUAGUACGUCCGAAUAUUGAGAUGCAUAUAAAUGUCAGCAUGAGUUCUCAUGUUCGAUUUCUAGAUGCUUACAUUGAAAAUCAAAAUGGUAUUUUAUACACUCGAGUAGAUCAUGAUUCAACACUACAAAAGUAUACUUUACCUUACGUAAUUGGUAAUGCAAAAGCUAAACAUAGUCAUUGGUUACGAUCAUCUUUGAUUCGUGCUGUUCGAUAUUGCACAUCAGUGGAUGAUUUUAAUCGGGAACGUAUCUAUCUUGAAACUACUUGUUUAACAAAUGGUUAUUCAUUAGAAUUCAUCGAAAAAUGA